AUGGAUGGCUCGGGCUCUUCGGCUCCUUCGAGUCAGCCGCAGCAGCAGCAACAACAGCAGCAACAGCAGCAACAGCAACAGCAACAGCAACAGCAGCAACAACAGCAGCAGGUCCCUCCUCAGCAGCAGCCUUCGCUGAUCCGCACCGACCAAGUCCAAAAGCUACCUCAUCUUAAUGACCAGCAAAAGCAGCAGCACACGCAGCUCGUCCGCGGUCUCUGGGAGAUUCUGAGCACGCGGGACCCGUCGAGUCCUGAAUAUCAAAAUGCCCACAUGCGGCUGACCCAGGUGUCGCAGAGCCUGAUGAAGGGCAUGCGCAUGUUCCAGCAGCGGUUCCAACAGCAACAGCAGGCACAGGCAGCCGCGACGGCAGCCCAACAAGGCCAGCAGCGGGCGCAGGCUACCAAUCCGCAGUCGUUUAACCAGCUCCUGCCCCAGAUCCAGAAUAAAGUCAACAGUCUCCACUUCUUCCUUCCUCCGAAUAUCAGCAAGGAGCAGAUGCAGUCGUGGCUUCCCGAGGCGAGGUUGCGGUAUGGCAUCGCGCUGCAGAAGCAGGAGAUCGGACGCGUGCGUUUGGCGGAGCUGAAACAGCAGUGGAACCAGCGUCAGGCUGCCGGCAACAUGACGCAGGAGGAGAUGCAGGAGUUUAAGAACAGGCAGAUGGCGGCGGAAAAGCUGUACCGCGAAGGGAGCGAUUUUCUCAACAAGUUCAAGGAGCAGCAGGAGAGCUUCAAGGCAGCGCAGCAGAAUCAGCAACUCAACAGAGCGGCGCAGGGUCAGGGCCAAGCCCAGCAGGCUGCUCAGGCAGGCGGCGAUCAGGCUACGACAGGCGACAAUCGUCCUCCGACUACAGCAGCUCAGAUGCAUCCUGGGCAAGCACAACCUGCACCGCACACAAUCAACUCUGCUGUCAACGCUGCCCGUCACCAGGCAGGGCAAGCAGCCAUGUCGCCAGCAACGUCGCAGCCCGGGCAGCAGGGCCAGACACCCACCACACAAGCGCCAGUUCCUACCCCCACCGCCCAGCAAGCACCAGCAGCUCCUGGGACUCAGAACGCGUUCAACCAGGCGCCUGGUCAGCCACAGCCACAACAAAAUCAGCCCGCACCCCAGCAGCCUGAAGGUGUAUCUGCGCCGGGGGCUGCCCCUGCCCAACCUCCCAAUCCUCAGGGCCCUCCCCGUCCACUCUCCCACCAGGCAGCGAUGGCCCAGGCCGCCCAAAAUUACUCCAACGCCAACCAGCAGCAGAAUGCGGCCCAGUCGGCUGCGAACCCUCAUGGCCAUCCCCCAGGCUACAUGCAGAACCGGUCCACUGAGAACACGACUCGUAACAUCAACAUGGCCAUUCCCAAGAACCUCAACGUGCCGCCUCCAGAGCCCGUGGCGAUGGGCCCGUCGCGCCCUACGCUGUCUGGCGGUCCUGGCCACGGCGCCAUGGGUGUGAUGGGCCAACCAGCCAUCCAGAAACAUCCUGGCUAUGUGCUCGAGGGCGAAGGCCAGCGAGUGUUGAGUAAGAAAAUGCUCGACAUUCUGGUGCGCCAAGUUACUGGAGGCGGAGAAGGCGAGGGGCUCACCCCGGACGCCGAAGAGUUUAUUCUUCAAAUGGCCGACGACUUUGUCGAUGACGUGAUCACUGCCGCCUGUCGUCUGGCGAAGCUCCGUCCCUCGUCGACGCUCGAGAUCCGCGACAUCCAGCUCGUGCUGGAGCGCAACUACAACAUGCGGAUUUCGGGCUUUGGGACCGACGACCUCCGCACGGUCAAGAAGCCACAGCCAGCGCAGGGCUGGAUGCAGAAGAUGUCUGCUGUCCAGGCAGCCAAAGUGACCCAGGGAAAGGCAGAAUAA